AGCUUCCUCCGCAAGCCCUGCCUCGGUGCACGGUGCCCGCCCCCGGCCCUCCCCCGGCUCUCCCCACUGCAUGCCCCCCACCGCCGAGCCGAGCCGAGCCGUGCCGAGCCUCCUCCAGGCGGGGCCCCCCCCCAGCGGCUCCGCGCAACAGUUGCCCCCCCCUCCCCAAGAAGUCGUGGCCAUCCCCGGCUCUCCUUUCCUCCACGAUCCCAGCCCUUGGAGAGCCCCCUCGGCUCCAGGAGGAGGAGGAGGAGGAGGAGGAAGAAGAGGCUGGGGGGCGAGCUGCGAGGAGCCCCCACCGCUCUCAUCGACCCGGUGCCGGGGGCAGGAGCCCCGCCGAGCCCCCCCCGCAGCCAUGGAGAGGGGCGGCGGGGCCGUGCCACGGCUCCUCCGAGCCGGGCUCGCCCGUCCUCGCCUCCUUUUGCCGGAGCGGAGCCGCCCCGCCGCCGGCCACCGGUCGCCCUGCUGAGCUGCGGGGGGCUCCGAGCCCCCGCCGGCACCCCCGAACCCUUGGUGCGCCCCCCCGAGCCCUUUGGGCAUCCUCCCGUCCCCUCGUGCGCCUUCCAAACUCCUUGCGCAUCCCCCUUGUGCGUCCCCCUAAACCCCUCGUGUGUCCCCCCUACCCUUUUCCGCAUCCCUCUGUGCACCCCUAAAACCCCUCGUGCAUCCCCCCACCCUCAUCUGCAUCCCCCCGUGCACCCCUAAUCCCCUUGUGCGUCCCCCGUGCACCCCAAAUCCCCUUCUACACCCCUUUGUGCCUCCCCUUGUGCACCCCCAAUCCCCCUGCGCAUCCCCUUGUGCCUCCCCUUGUACCCCUAAUUCCCUUGUUCCUCCCCCUGUGCACCCCAAAUCCCCUUCUACACCCCUUUGUGCCUCCCCCCGUGCACCCCCAAUCCCCUCGUGCACCCCCCUGCGUGCCCCCCACCCCCUGGUGUCCCCCCACCCUCGCAUGCAGCCGCAGGGCCGUGGGGGCCGGGGACGCUCGCCAUGGGCACCAAGCAGACCAAGGGCUGCCAGCCGGGCAGCGCGGGGGAGAGCCCCCCGACCCACCAGCGCAAGAAAACAUCCCCCAGGGACCGGGGGGACUUCCUCGCCUCCCUCGUGGUGAAGUCCGGCGAGAAGUUUGGCAAGGGCGCCGGCAGCCUGCCCCCCUACCACCGGCGGAUCUGCAUGAUCCAGGACAUGCUGGUGCUGGUGAAGCAGGGGAAGCAGGAGGAGGCCACCGAGCUGCUGAGACACCUGCGGCAGGAUUUAGGAAUGGAGUCGACCUCUCUGGAUGAUGUCCUCUACCGAUACGCCAGCUUUCGAAACCUGGUGGAUCCGAUCACUCACGAUUUGAUCAUCAGCCUUGCUAGGUACAUCCACUGCCCCAAGCCGGAGGGGGACUCCCUUGGGGCCAUGGAGAAGCUCUGCCGGCAGCUCACCUACCACCUCAGCCCCCACUCUCAGUGGAGACGACAAGGCAUCAUGAAGAGGAAGCCGCAGUCCUGCUUGAAGGCCGUGCUGAUGGGCAAGCCGCAGGACAACACGGUGGACUUGUCGGGCAUCCCGCUGACGCUGAAGGACCUGGAGCGCAUCGCGUCCUACCUGCAGCACAGCUCGGAGCACAUUGACACGGUGGAGCUGUGCUUCACCGAGCUGACGGACGAGAUGCUGCUGCAGCUGCUGCCGGCGCUCUGCGUGCUGCCCCACCUCACCACCCUCUCCCUCAACGGCAACCGGCUGACCAAAGCCAUCCUGCGGGACCUCACCGAAACCCUCAAGGACCCCAAAAAGUUCCCCAGCGUCACCUGGAUCGACCUGGGCAACAACGUGGACAUCUUCUCCUUGCCCCAACCUUUCUUGGUCAGCCUCAAGAGACGCUGCCCCAAGCAAGGCAACCUGCCGACCAUCCUGGAGUUCGGCGAGGGGCAGGUGAGCGAUUUGGAGAGCCAGGAUGGCCGGGCCGAGAGCCAGGAGGACCUGCGAGUCGAUGAGGGUGAUAAAACCCGAGCGGGCACGACCGACAGCAUGGGCUCACAGCAAACAGACAGGACGGUGGAGGCCGGGGCGCUGCCCGGCUCGGAGCAAGGCGCCGCCACAGCGCAGACGUGAUGCUCGGCACCGCGGUGGGCGCGUUGGGCAGGGGUGGCAAACCCGAGACCUCCACAAGCGGGGUCCUGGCAGAGGGUGGGCGCAGGCGGUGGGGAUGCUCUGGGAGCGCAGAGCGCCGCCUGCCUCCCCCGCCACGAACGUCGACGUCGUUCUCCUCGACGACCGCACGGACGGGAUGGCGGUGAAUAUUGACAUUGUGGGAAAGCUGGCCAGGGAUUUUUUUCAAACGUUAAUGCUAUUGCUUUUUAACUCCUUAAAAAACGCAUCGUCAAGGUGGUGUAAGGGCAAGGCCCGUAGAAGAGCACAGAAGCGGAGAAGGAAGGUGACCAGGUCUUAUAGGAUCCCGGCUGGCCUCACGGACAGCCCUUGGCAGACAGAUGCCACAGCAGGACUUCAGACCUCUCCCAGCCUGACUUCAGGAGCUGCUGAAUAGCGUGCCUGGUGAGACGAGCCCAAAACCUGAUCACACACCAAGUGGGGGUGUCCCUGCUACCAGCCCCAUGGGAGGGCUUUGCCUUCCUGAUGCUGGCACGGAGCUAGAUCCCGUGCCUGGAUGCUGCCCUCUCCAGCCUUACCAGAGCUGGGCUGGCCCUGCUGCCUGCCUGGGGUUUAUUUGGCUGUAAAAUCCCCCUUCCCACCGGCUGUGCUGCUGCAAUGACUCCAGGGCUUCUUCCCAUGCGGUACCUGGAGCUGGCAGCAGGGCACUCGGUCUGUCCUGGGGAGUGAGCGGUGAAGUCCGGAGCUGGGUCUCAGCUCAGGCUCGUUGCUGUUGCUGCCAGAAGAGGCCACAAUCCCAAAGGUUUAUAAAAGAAAAAAAGAAAUCCAGCCCCUGGGGUUUUCUCCCCUCUAUCACUGCCAUUCAGGACUGGGUGGACGCGGCCAGCCGAAGCCUCAAAGCCUCAGAAAGGUUUUGGGGUCACUUGGCUGUGUUCACCCCCACCCGGACCAGAAGUGCUUUGUUUGUAAAAUGCUUUUUUUUGUUUGUUUGUUUGUUUUUAAGAGACAUUGAUUUUAUUUUAUUUUUGGAUGGAAAACAGAUCACAGCAGAGCAUCAGCAUGGGAAUACACUUCGGCUUCUGAACCACAUUUUCAUUUGAUCCUAAACCUGGGGAAGGGCAGGAAAGUGGGAAAUCCUUCCCCUCCCUUACAUCCAAAGGACCAAACAAGACUCCCCUUGCUGAGAGGGAACCCCUCUGUAUCCAUCCACAGCCUUCCCCCAACCAGCCUUGCAGCAUCAUUUUCUGCCUCGGAGCAGUGACCCUCUGGCUUUGAUUUUUCUGGGUGUAAACAGACGUUUUGAUCAUUCCUUGGGUUCUCUUCAUUUAACAUCACUGCACAGGAGGCUGCACACCUUUUCCAGGGGGGUUCACGCUGUCGGUUGUUGUUUCUCCUCCAUAUGCAAGUAGGUAACUUAGAAGAAACUCUGCUACUCCUUUUACUACAUUUGGCAAAGUUGAGUAUGAUUUGCAUGUAUACAAACCUUUUUUUUUUUUUUAACGCUAACUCUUUCCAACAGGCAUGAAGAAUCUUUGCAGUGAAUAAACUGUUCUGUUUGAAAUAAAGGAGCUAUCCGUAAUCAAAA